AUGCGAUCAUCAACAUCUCAGGCUGUGUUGGAAGAAAAAAUGGGUUCAGUGACUUUCCUUGGGACUUAUAACAAACUAUGGAAAACGACUGUAGAAAAAUUAACAGAUAUAUUGCAAGAGGAAGAUGCAGACGAAGAUAAAGUUGAACAAGAGCGAGUGGCUACAGUGCAGAAAACUUCACUGAUGUACUUAAGAUUCAUAAAAAUUGCGAACAAUUUCAUAGAUUGUUAUGAGAACAUUUUGCAGCCUCAGAAAAGAAUACUCUUGCGAAACUUCGUGGACAACACGAUAGGAAGAGUCUUGGAAUUGAAACAUGAAUUGGUAUCUCUCGAAUUUUCGGAGUUUCAUUUCUUGGAUGACAAAUUGCUGUCAGCCAAAAUGGUACCAAAUCCUACUGAUAUAACAUCUUUAACAAAUUAUCAAUUAUAUGAUAUUGGAUUAGCUGUUGGAAAGAUUUUAGAUGACGAUAAAAAGCUGAAAUAUUUAAAUGAAACAUGGAAGCCUCCGUUGCGUUAUAGCUUUCCAACAAGAGCUGAAGGAAAGCAGAACCGUAAAUUUAGACGAGAAUGGUUGGAGCAGUACAAUUGGCUUGCUUACAGUGAGCUUUCGUCUGGUGGAUUUUGUAAAAUGUGCGUUCUGUUGCACCAACUGGAGCUGGAAUUGGAAAUCAGGAGUGAAUUUAUUGUUGGCGUCGAAAUAUCAGUGUGCUGUCUCAGUUUGACACUGAGGCUAAGUCAGCAGUUGCAAAGCCCGAAGCAGGAUUUGUCUUCUGCAUUAGCUAAUGUGUCUCAAGUUUUGGACACUUUUCGGAGUAAACCUUGGUCCGAAAUAAGGAUGCCACCGAAGGAGGCUUGGGGGACCAUUCAAGCCCAUGAGCGAGCCCGAAGGGGAAGAGUUGCUUUUGUCGAGGCUCAGAAGUUGUACGAAAUGAAGGAGGAGAACAAGAUGAAAGAAUACAGGAAGAGCUUGAAGAUCGACCUUACCGAAAAUACGCAACCGUCUGUAACAGAAGAAACAGAUAAGUUCCACGUUUUGCACCUUCUUGAUAGUUUAAAAAAAGACCGUCGGGAUGCCAUCGAUAAAAAUGAGAGAGAGUUUUUAGAAGCCACAGAAGCAAUAAAAAAAGACAUGCUGACUUAUGAAGCCCCAAAAGUUAUUGAAGAGCUUCAGGCCAAAAUUCGAGAAUAUUUUGAAAAAUACAGACAGAAACAUGGCGAAUAUCCUACGUAUCCAACUGAAGAGGAAGGUGGAUCAACAGCAAUGUUACAAACCGCUAUAGACGAUGAUAACGAAUUGGAGAAACCUAAGAAUGGAGCUUUAGGAAAAGAAAAAGUCAUUGAGAACAAGAAAGAGGAUAAAGAUGUUAAGGAAGAUGCGUUUGAGAGGGAUUUAGGAAAGAAAGGCAAAAAAGGAGGAAAGAAAGCGGGCAAGAAAGGCGGGAAAAAGGACAAAGGAAAAGGAAAAGGGAAGAAAGAAAAAGAUUUAACUCCUAAUAGGAGCUUUGAAUCGCUCGUCGAAGAACUAAUCAAGGAGAGGAUCAUCAUUAAUUAUCCGAAAUUCAAUCUAUCAGAUUUUGUCGGAGAUUACAAUUACGUGGGAUCAAUGAAGCAGUACGAGUGUGAUCCGGAGAAAGAGCCCGUCCCUUGCUUGGGAGACAUCAGGCGAGUGGUGAAUGAAUACUGCAUCCUACCCAUGGGUUCCCCAGCCAUACAUUCCAAGGGUGCUUUCACCAAAUCCGUCCUAUUCGUCGGUCCUCACGGGUGUGGGAAAAAAUCGCUGAUCUAUGCCAUCUGCAACGAAAUCGGUGCCACACUGAUGGACCUCUCUGCCGAAAAUGUGAAUGGCAAGUAUCCGGGAAAAGAAGGCCUCGACAUGUUGAUGCACCUGGUGUACAAGGUCGGGCGUCUAGCUCAGCCUACAGUCAUAUAUAUAAAGGAUGCAGAAAAUUACUUCUGGAGAAAGCAACCAGCAACGAGUAUUCUUGCGGAAGCAGUUCGUCUGAAAAAAGAACUGCCGAAGCUGAUGAAGGCGAUCACAAACGAUGACAGAAUCUUAAUUUGUGGAACAUCUGUAACCCCAUUUGAUGUUGACUUGAAAGGAAUGAGCUCCUGUUAUAGUAAAAUAAUUUGCAUUUACAGUCCAGACCAUAAUUGUCGAAGAGGUUCCCAACUUCAAAAUUAG